AUGCCAACGAGUUUCCUCGGCAGUGCCCUCCGGGGCACCUUCUUCUUCAUUUUUGGUCUCUGGUGGUCCGUGCGAUACCCCCUGAAGUAUCUCGGGCGGAAAGCCCGUGCUGAGAGCCAGCCGAGCUAUGGGGUCCAGCGCAUGGAAAUCUUCGAAGGGGCGGUCAAAGGUUUCUUUGCUCUAGCAGGGAUAUUGGUCGAGCAGUUUAUUCCCGCUGGUCCCCACCUGCAGCUGUACAGCCCCAAGACGCACAGCUGGACGGACCUCACCCGCUGGCACUACACCACCAUCUACCUCUUCUUCCUCCUCUCCGGCAUCGCGGACGUCGUCUCGCACUCCCCGCUCAAGCUGCCCCUUGGUUUAGAUCGACUCUCGCUAUCUGUGGCUCUGUUCAUCGAAGGUUUGCUCUUCUGUUUCUAUGACUACAGCGAUGCUGCGCUGGACCACCACCUCCAUUCCCUGCUGGCCUUGGCUAUCUUUGCUGGAGCCCUCUGUGCCCUCCUAGAGGUGUUCCUCCGAGACCAUAUCAUCCUGGAGACCUUCAGGACCAGCUCCUUCCUUCUCCAGGGCUCUUGGCUUUGGCAGAUUGGGUUUGUGCUGUCCCCUCCGUGGGGAGGACCGGGCUGGGAUCAGACCGACCGCAGCAACUUCACGUUCCUCUCCGUGUGCUUCUGCUGGCAUUAUGCGUGCGCUCUCGCCGUCCUGGCAGCAAACUCCGCUGCGUCUCGCUGCUGCAAUGAGUCCUGCCAGCUGAAAUUUGGGGACAUCGACGUGGAGCUGGACUGCGGCAUGUGCAUCCGCAAAGGCAACAAGAGCUCCAGCGGUGCCUUGCUGCCGGAGAGCGGCUCGGAUGACAAAUGA